GCCGGGUUGCUGUUCCGGCCUGUGUCCCCGGGCCCGGCGGGGCCCCGGUCGCAGCAGCCGCGGCCCCCGGCGCAGGGGGACAUGGAGCGCCCGAAGCCGGUGAUCGCUCGGUGGCCGCGGCCGCGGCGGGAGGACGAGCUGAAUGGCUGCGGUCAGUGUCUGAGCGGUCAGGAUGGAGAGAUGGCACUCGAGAGCCAGAGCACCUCUGACAGCAGCUGGCACUGUGCCCACUCGGAGACACCUUCACCAAAGUGUUCCCACACCUGGAACCUGCUCCGCACUGUGAUCUCUCGUGUGACAUUUUUACCCCUAUUUCCCAGCCUUAAAUGUACCAUUUUUAGCAUGAGCUUUCAUUUCCUGCUCCCAAAAAUUCGUCUGGGGAUGCAUGCACUCUGACAAGGAGGUGAACCUCAAAGGUUCCCUCCCUGAGCCUUGGAACCCACAUCUCUUCCUCUGAGAUUUAUCCUUUUGACCCAGACCUGAUGAAAACUUAAUUCCCACGUGUCCAACUAACUGCAGGAUUUGCAAUCACUGACGGGUUUGGGUUCGAGAGACCUGUACAAGUCUAACCCCUGCCAUGGGCAGUGACACCUUCAGUGAUGGUGCUGAGCUGAACACCGGCAUCUGCAACAGCACAGAAAAUCCUGUGUGCUUCCAGCCUGCCCUCUCCAGGGACGAGGCAUCCUGCAUUCCAGGACGGCUGAAGUGGGAAUGUGUGCACUGAGGGAGAAGGGAAAUCAGUACCACCAUGCCUUGGCCGAGCUCCAUAGAGCUGAACCACCCAUGGCUGUAGUGCACGAAGCGUUGAGAAGGUCCCACAAGGUCCCACCCAUGCACUGUCCCCUCCAAGGGGAGCAGAGGGUGACACAAGCGCCCAGCAGAGCCAAAGGAAGACAAAACACAAGUGCCGUGGUCAGGCUGAGGUAAUAAAUACUUCUAUUCAUGGAGAACAAUGCAGCAGUGCAAUGUUUUAUUGAAAAAAAAAAAAUCAUCUCACUUGAUACCUCAGAAGACUGCAUCGCAACGUUGGAGGGCCGAGAGCCGCGUCAGAGGCACCUGUGCCGGGAGCCCCCAGGAGCCCUCCCCUGCCUGGGGUCUCCUGGCUGCCGACCGCUCCCGGCAAGGAGCGGAGGGAUCGCCCAGGUUAAUGCCCUACGUCCUACCACAGCAUGGCUGGCUCAGUCUGGCUGCGUCUCCUUGUCACCUCCGAGCUCCCUGGGGACAGCGGUUCCCUCAAGCACAGGACUUGCUGGUAACCUGCUUUAUUUUCUUUUUUUUUUUAAAUUUUUUUUUGUUAAAAAGCCACCCCACAUCUUUGCCCUUUUUUUUUUUAGAAGAGUCCAACGUACGAUUAUAGUGCAAGAGGGCUUGGUACAAGUGAGCAUUACCAGCAUGCCGUGGGGGGACAGUCCUCCCCUACAAACACAUCAUUGUAGGAUUAAAAGAACACCGUAUCUCCGGAGAGAAGCUGUAGUGGGUCACCAUGAAACAGCUUUCAAACCAACCCACUUAAAAACAAGCAGAGAGAGGAGUGCCUGUGCCAGAGAUGCAGCUUCUGGGAACCACUGGCAGCGGAGGAAAAGAGAAAGGUGGGAUGUGCCCAUGGCCGUGUCCUCCCUGUGGCAGGAGGGGACAGGGCCGCACACCUGGCACGUGCCUGCGGGAGGUGAGUGGUGCCCUUCCUGCCCUGUUCCCACCCCGGCCCGUGGCCUGGCUGGAGGAAAGCGCUUUGCUGAGGGGGAAGGAAGGAGGCGCAUGCGUGAACCGAGGGCUCUGCGCCUCCAUCGUGCUCACUGGGAUAAGGCAUGGAGAGAACGCAGCAGAGAAUGGAGAAGAGACGCCCCGCGGGGAUCCUGGCCAGGAGGGAGGCUUUUCCACCCUGGCACCACACCAGUGUCUGCCAGGCUCAGGAAUGCAUGAGGAGCAAGCCCAGAGCUUGCUGCCCAGGCUGAUCUCCUGCCCUCUAAGCCUGCUCCUACCCAGACAGGGAAACUGAACCUCCUGGCAAUGCUGCUCUGUGAACGCCAAGCUACACAGCUUAGCAUGAAAUAGAAUAAACGAUAAUGAGAUCU